UUAUUAUGGCCAAUUUCUUUACCAUUUAGACAGGGUUUCCUUGGCUUUUACGGGAAAUGAACUAUUUUCCUUGAUUAACUCAGCUUCGUAAUAGCAUUUUAGUUAUCCUUGUACCAUUUUAGUAGUAAUUUGUAGCAGUAACAGCUUUAAAUUUGAAGAUUUACCUGUGGAAAUUUGCUGAAGGAUACGAAAAUUUUAGAAAUGCUACAAUUAAUGCACAAUAAAAUUUAUAUUAGAUUCAAAUCUCCUAAAUUCGUCAAGGAGUUAUGAUAACUUAUAGAUAUUUAAAGUAUUAUCAGAAUGUUCUGGAGUCUCCUGAUAUGACAACUGUGAAAGUUUGAUUACCUUCACAACAAGUUCAAAAUAUUGAAUUGCCAUUUUCACUCAUGACAUAUUUUGGAUAAAUUCAAGAUAUGAUCAUUCAGUGAACCAAGAAGGAUUCAUAUGACUUCAUUAUCAACUGUCCUCACAAGGAUCUUCAGCAAAUGUUUAGAGUUUAAAUAGCAAACACUUUGUAAAAUUACCCUCUUGUUGGAAAACUUGAAAGCAAACCUAUUAUUUUUGAGAAGUAAAGUUAAUUUCUAAAUUUGCUCCUGUUUAAUAAAAUUUUGCUGCUCAAAACUCAGCAAAAUUAGUAAAGAUGCUGUAAACUUACUAAUUACGUCCGUGGACGUAUUAUUUAUUAACAAAAUCUAAGAAUUGUCUGGCCAGCCAAUUCAUAAAAUUUACCACUAUGGUUGUAACUCGUUCAGAUUUCAAGGAGUAAGUUAAGAUGGAGCUUAAUUAUUUAAAGCUCAUGGCUGAGACAUCUAAAAAAUUAGAAGAAACUAAAGAAAACUUAGAUUUUAAUAUUUUCUUAAAAUUAGAUAGCCACUGAGUUUUUAUAACAUGUAAAGAAAACUCAAGUUUCUUUCUUAAAAUUUAGGAGCUGGUUGAAGUAUAGAGACGAGUAAAGAGCCAAUAAACCUUUACAAGAAGGUUUUUAGCCUCCUUUCAAUCACUUAGCAGGCAAACUGUUAGGAAUAAAUUCGAAAAUCUUUUGAAUAGUUGACUUGUGGCAUGAAAAGUCAACUCAUUUGCAUGGAUCUUCCAAAUCAAUAAAUUUUAAUUGAAUAUGUUAUCGACAUAAAUUUAUCAGACUUCUCAGGUUAAAAUCUGGAAUAAAGUUAACUUAACGUAUUUUAACGUCUUUUGAAUUAAAUAAUUGGUCUUAAGAAGUUCAAACAUUUUUGAUACCUACUUUUAUUGCUAAAUUAUGACAUUUUUGUGAAGAUAGUAGAAAUUUUCGAAUUAUUGAAACGUUCAUAAUUAUGAUUUGCACAGCGAAACUGUCAAUCAAAACUUAUCUAAAUUAACUAAAAAUUCAUAAGGGCUAACCUUCAAAAGAGGCUACAUUGUCAGUUUACUUAUAAUACCACUUUUGAGUUAAGGUCUACCACUUCAUGGUCAGGAAUGAAAACGAGCAAACGAAACUUUUAGAUAUUAAAAUUAAGCUCCACUAAUACCUGAAGAGCACUUGCAUCAUCUGAAAUAUAAAAGAACUAAUUUUAUUCUGAAUAGUGGGUAAAAUAAUGCUGCUUGCUAUAAAUUACCUAUAUUUUGUAACACUCAGGAAGUGUUCCAUAACAAGUAAAUCGAUUCACCAAUUCCCAUAAGAGCCUGCCUAAUCAUAUUUUGUUGACAAAUUAUUUAUUUCUUAUAUAAUUCAAAAGAUUCGUUACUAAUUUUACGCUUUAAGCUUCUUUUCCUAAUUUCUUUAAAGAAGUUAGUUGCUAUGUUUACAAGACUGAGGCUUUGUUCUAAGUUCAACUGAUCGCAAAUGAAAUUUCUGAAAUAAAAUCUGCCCAAACAAGCCUUAUUUCGGCAUUGUUCACCUUAAAAUUAAAAAAUAGCAGCCAAAACGUGCUGUGUUAUUGGAGUCAUAAGAUUUUAUUCCUGAACAUUUGCCAAGUUAAUUCAACUAUUACCCAAAAUUUUAAGGUUGGUAUUUAGAAAAUAUUUCAGCAAAAAGAGAUUCCAGGGUGGGGGCCUUCGAUGCUUAGUGAACAUUUUCUGAACAAGUCAUCCGGAAUAAUUAGAUAAUAUGGAAAACUAAGUUUUGACAUGGAACUAAAUAGUUAGCAUCCCAUUAAUCUCGCUUUUAAAAAAGAGAGAUAUUAUGAAGAAAAUGAACACUUCAGAACUUCGGCUCUUAAUACGUCUCUUUAUGAUUAAUUUGCUGAAACGAGAGCAAUCAUGUUCUUUGUAAUAUUAAGUUUAAAAUUUCUGGGAAAUAUUUUUAAGUUCUUGCAAAUAUCAUAUCUUUAUUAAAGCAUUACCCAUAAAAUGUACUUAUUGGCAGCCAUUAUGAAGGUCAUGCUAGUAUACCAAUCAUUUGCUAAGAAUUAUCGCAGAUAAAGCAAAUUCUUUGCUUAGAUUUUAAAAUAGAGCAUAAUGAUCUAAAUCUAAAAUUUCGCUAAAUUUAUUCAGCAAAAAUUCUGAAUUUGUUAUUGAAAUUAUAGUC